AUGUGGAAGUUAUUUAGUCUACGUGGUAGCUACAAAUGGUUGGAUAUCUUAGAUUUAACAUUGCAGAAAAAGUCAAACAGCCUAAAUUUGUUUAAACGAGCUAAAUUUAAAAUUGGAGAUAAAGUACGUGUAAGCCGAAUCAAGGAGGUUUUCGAUAAGGGCUAUACACCCAAUUGGUCAACUGAAGUCUUUACAAUAACGCGAGUUUCACCUACGAAGCCCUAUACUUAUCAUCUAAAAGAUUAUCAAGACAAACCAAUAGCUGGAGGAUUCUACGAGGAAGAACUUCUCAAGACUAAAUAUCCAGAUGUCUAUUUGAUUGAGAAAGUUUUAAGAAAAAGUGGUGAUAGAGUUUAUGUAAAAUGGUUAGGUUUUGACGAUACUCACAACAGUUGGAUUAAUAAAAAUGAUAUGUAA